GAUAAAUUGAAAUCGACAACAUGAGAUCAGCGAAAUAGCUUCAACGUACGAUGAUACGGUUCAUCACCGCUACAGGACGUGAGCCUUGACGAGAGACUGUGAGCUGUGGAUAUAUUGGAGUCACACCCCCGGGAAAGACCUCUUUCCCGUCAAAAUGGUGAAAUUUGGUCUGCAGAUCAAAGCAAAUCUGGAGAAUGUGACCAAUUUGCAGCCAGAUGGCGAAGACUUCCGCUGGUAUUUGAAGUUGAAAUGCUUGAACUGUGGUGAAGAGCCAGACCACUUCCAGUACCUGACCUUACUGGAGAGCGCUCCCCUCAAAGGAGGGAGAGGAAGUGCCAGUCUGGUAGUCAAAUGCAGGUUAUGUGGCCGAGAAAAUUCCAUAGAUAUUAUCAAGGAAUCCAUUGCUAGCUAUACUGCAGAGGAAUCAGAUGCCAAUAAAUACAAGACCAUCACCUCCUUUGAUUGCAGAGGAAUGGAACCUACUGCAUUUUCACCAAGGGCUGGAUUUUCCUGUAAGGGAGCCAAUAGCGUGACAGUAUUCGAAGUUGAUUUGAAGGAAAAUGAAUGGGUUGACUAUGAUGAGAAAGCCAAGGAAUCGGUCGGCAUCUAUGAAGUGGAAAGCAAAUUUAUCAAGUUGUAAAUCAGGAACGCAUUUGCUCACGACACAAAUUGUUGAAAUGUAAAUCGUUUUUUUUUCCUGAUUUUAGAAAAUUAAUUAUUGUCUUAAGUAAUGACUUUCCUCUACAAUAGCGAGUGGGGUAAAUGCAAUAAAGUGGAGUUGUUGAACACCAAAA